UAAUAAUCAAAGUAACGAACUGCUGCCACAAAGAUCACCGAAUUCUAAUCAAUUAUAGAAUUUCAUUGGAAUAAACAAAAAUUUAAACAUGAGCCACGUGGUGUGUCCGUUAUCCGUCGAUGGCCUUAUUCUGUGAGUUCUGUGAUUGUGCCCGACUGAAGCCCUGAAGCCUUGAGCAAUGGCAGCGCCCACUUCAAUCAUGGAAAUCCUCGGAUGCCUGUCCCUGCUGCUGCUCGUGCUGCUCGUCAGGAGCGGCUACUGCAUAGACUGCUUCAAGUGCGUCUCGUACAAUGGGGCCAACAAGGCGUGCGAUGAUCCGUUCCACAACAACUACUCCACGGCCAUACUCGAGUCGCCCUGCAUGGGUGGACGCAAGGGCCGCGAUGGACUCUUUCCGGCCACGGCCUGCAUUAAGAUCGCCGGCUAUUAUGAUGACACCGGCGAAACGAUAACGGUGCGUGGCUGUGCCCUGGACAGCGGCACCCUCACCACAGACACCGAGCUAGUUCGCAUGUCGCACUGUGGAAAGUUUUAUUACGAUAAUAGAUACGUGCAUGGCUGCCUGCAGAGCUGCAGCGAUGCGGAUGCCUGCAACACGGCCACCUCGCGGCGGCAGCAUCCAGCGAGGGUGGAGGCGCUGAUGCGGCACCUGCUAAGCAUUGCGGUUUUGCUGCUGGCAGCUGCAAGGUAGCAAUAGAAGUGGCAACCAUAAGGAUGCGCCAGAUGUGCUGGCGAAGAACCCAUAAAUGUUAAGCAGAUAUUGGAAAAAUGAAGUGGGAAAAAGAGCGUGGAAAAGCAUUUAAUAUAAUUCUGCGAGCUGCGAGUGGAAAUAUCUUUUUUGUUCCCCCUUUUGGUUCGGCAAUGCCACCCCUACCUGCAUGUCAUACCUCCUGACACUCUUUAUAAAACAAAAAAAAAC